CCCCUUCCCGUCUGUAAUCCGUGUCGAUGAUGCGAAAUAUCUCAGAGCGUGUUAAGCAAGAGCAAAUGGAGCUGCGCAUUUGAGAAUAACUUUACACCGUUUGUCAGAGAAUGUUUGUGCCCUACCGUGACGUCAUGGACGCGUCCGUGAGGAGCAGGAGUGACUGGCAGGGACUCCUCAGCGAGUUUCUCAUCUGUAAGCGCAAGCUUGAGAGCAAGAAGGAAGCACUUCUGAUUUUAUCAAAAGAACUGGACAUCUGCCAGCAGGAGAGGGAUCAGUACAAACUGAUGGCCAACCAGCUACGGGAACGGCACCAAGGACUCAAGAAGAAAUACAGGGAGCUCAUUGAUGGUGAUCCAUCUCUGCCUCCUGAGAAACGCAAUCAAACAAACUUAGCCCAGCUACUGAGAGACUCAAGAGAAAAUUGUAAUCAUCUCUCCGAGGAGGUGAAAGAGCUGAAACAACGUUUGGUGGAAGCGCAGGGCGAUAACAAGCUCCUGCGAAUGACCAUCACCAAACAGCGGCUGGGAGACGAGGAGGUUGGUGCUCGACACUUUCCUGCUCAUGAGCGGGAGGAUCUCGUAAGACAGUUGGAAAGAGCCAGAGAACAGAACGAAGCAUUGGAAUACAGUGUGAAAUCACUGACAGAUGAGCUUCAGGAUGUCAGAGCGGAGCGCGACGUCUUUCAGCAAAAAGCACAUCGGCUAAAUGUGGAAAUUAACCGCAUCGUCGGGAACAAAGAGAUCCGGAUUUUAGAUAUUGAUGCGCUCUGCAUGGAUAACAGAUAUUUGCAUGAACGCUUUGGCCAACUUCAAGAAGAGGUCAAGAUGCUAAAAAGCAAUCUGAUGAAGUACAAGAGUGCCCUGGAAUGCAGGAAAAACUCUAAAAUCUGUGGAAAGCCCACCAGUAGUGCUCUCACUGGUGUACUGUCUGCCAUACAAGUAAAGGAAUUGUUGGCGUCUGAAGAAAACAAUUGCAGUUUACCAGUGACUCCACAGUCCAUCUCAGACCUAAAAUCUCUAGCCACAGCUCUGCUGGAAACGAUCCAUGAGAAGAACAUGGUCAUUCAGCACCAGCGACAAAUCAACAAAAUUCUUGGAAAACGUGUGGGAGAGCUGGAGAAAAAACUUAAAACAUUAGAGAUGUCUGGAUUAUGGAGUCUUCCAGGAGAAAGGGACAUUAUUUUGCCAAAUACUCAGCAGACUGUGCUACCUGGUUUUCCUGAACAGGAUGAAAAUGAUGGGUCAAAACAAACACCAGCCAAUCAGCAAGCCUUUGCAGAAAUUGCAAAAGAGUAUUUUAAGAGACACGAUGGGUCAGAUGUCCAAGAAGAACUUGACAAAGAGUUACCAUCAGAGUCUGAUGAGAAGGCAUCUGAGCAGUUAGCUGAUGGAGCACUAGUUAGCCCUCCAACACCAACAGUUGAUGAUAAGUUUAGGGAAAGCAGCUCAGGAGAGACCACAAGGUCUCUGGUGACUUUAACGGGUCACCAGGCAACAGAAGACGGGUGUCGGAGUGUCUCUGCUUCCAUGUUGACAGACAGCGAAGCUUCAUGUUCAUCAGAGUCCGGGCACAGUCAGCAGCCUUCAGAGACCUGUGAUCGUACUGGUGGAUGGGAUGAGACAGACAACAGCCCUGACAGAGUCAGAACUUCUGAGGCCGAGUGCGUCCUGCUGACAGAGCAAAACACAGAUACUGCUUCAUCCUUCGCUGCCUCCCUGUCCACUGAAGAGCAGGACAACAUUCAGCAAAAUGAGGAAACACAACUCAAAUGUUUGUAUUAGUGUGGAAUUCUAAAGUGCUCCAGAAGACUGUCAGGAGGAAAUUAAAGACUAAUAUUAAUGCAAAGUGUGUUUAUAUUAUAGAUAAUUAAGACAUUUUUGUAUGAAAUCAUUAUGGCUGUCAGGUGAUGUGUCAUCAAAUGAUUUGUACAUUAAAAUAUUAUGUUGAUAAAAUACGCAUUUCUCAGAUGAAAUGUCAGGGAAGAAAUUGAAAAUAUUUGUUAGAUACUUUAUCGGUUUGGACAAGUUUAACAUUGUUUAAAAGCUAUUUAAAACCAGCUCUAAUAUUGGAAUCGAAAGUUGUUUAAAAGAAAUUCAAAGACAGAAAUCAUACAGCCCUGUCUGUCCAUCUAUGGUUGUGUCUCUGUCCAUGGAUAUGUAAACACAACCCAUCCUAAACCAUUUGGUGGAUAGUGGAGCAGAUAAUGGAAAAAAA